AUGCCGCCGUUCGAUCCUUCCAAGUUGCAGGUCAAAAAUAAAAUGCCCGCAGCUGUACAAAUUACAGCGGAGCAGAUAUUGCGGGACGCAGUGGAAUGGCAAGCAAAAGAAGUUAAAACAACAAAGCAGACUAUCGCAGAUGAGGAAGAGCUAAGUUACUACAAGGCUCAAAAAAGGAAGGAGUUUGAGGAUACGCUGAGAAGGCAGAGGCAUCAUAUAGGAACGUGGAUAAAAUACGCAGUAUGGGAGGCAAAUCAGCAGGAAUUUAGAAGAGCAAGAUCGGUGUUUGAAAGAGCGUUGCUCGUGGACCCGAACAACCCAUCACUGUGGCUGCGGUACAUAGAGACGGAGAUGAAAAAUAAGAACAUAAACUCGGCGAGGAACCUGUUCGACAGAGUGGUGUGCCUGCUGCCGAGAAUUGACCAGUUCUGGUUCAAGUACGCACACUUCGAAGAGUUGCUGGGAAACUACGCAGGCUCGAGAAGUGUGUACGAAAGGACACGAACACAAACGGAGUGUAGGUGGAUGGAGUGGAAUCCGGAGGACAAGGGGUGGAUGCUGUACAUUAAAUUCGAAGAAAGAUGCGGAGAGCUGGAAAGAUGCAGAGAAAUAUUCAAUAGGUACAUUGAAAAUAGGCCGAGCUGCGAGUCGUUCCUGAAGCUGGUUAAGUUUGAAGAAAAGUACAAAAACGUAUCAAGAGCACGCUCAGCAUACGUUAAAUGUAUUGAGCUGCUGGACGUGGAGUUCUUGGACGAGGAGUUCUUUAUUAAAUUCGCAGAAUUUGAACAGCGCCACAACAACCUAGAAGGAGCAUCGAGAGUAUACGAGCAGGGCCUGAAGCUCCUGGAAAAGGCGAAGUCAGAAGAGCUCUACAAGAAGUUCGUGUCCUUCCAAAAGCAGUACAAGGAUAGAGAGACCAUAGACGAGCUGAUAAGCACGAAAAAGAGAAACGAGUACGAGGAGUCGAUCCUGGAAAACGAGUACAACUACGACGUCUGGUUCAACUACCUGAGGCUGGAGGAGUCGAUCCUGGAUGAAAUGACGAAGGCAGCGCCGGAAGACAAGGUGGAGGCGCAGAAGCUGAGGAUAUGCGAGCUCUACGAAAGAGCAAUAUCGAACGUGCCGAGGGACAAGAACAGGAAGCUGUGGAGGAGGUACAGCUACCUGUGGAUCUACUACGCAAUAUUCAGCGAACUGCAGCUGAGCUCUCAGGAGAGAGCGACGCAGAUAUACCUGAAGGCGCUGGAGAUAUUGCCAAAGGACUUUGCGAAGUUUUACAUACUGCUAUCGCAACUAUACUUGAGAAUGGGAAACUUGGAAAAAAUGAGAAAGACAUUUGGACGGGGAAUAGGAGAGUGCAAGAAGGCGAAAAUAUUUGAAAAUUAUGCAGAAAUAGAGUUGAAACUAGGAAACGUAGAUAGGUGCAGAAUAAUACACUCAAAAUACGUGGAAUCGUAUCCAUUCAGUCCACAGAGUUGGAUUAGUUUCAUCGAUCUUGAGUUAUUAUUGAACGAGAUGGGAAGAGUGCGUGGACUGUGUGAGUCAGCAAUAGAAAUGGACCAGAUGAAUAACCCGGAGUUGAUAUGGAACAAGUACCUGGACAUUGAAAAGAACGUGGCACAAAAUUACCAAAACGUGCAAAAGUUGUACCAAAGACUCCUGUUGAAGACUACACACCCAAAGGUGUUUAAGGAAUACUCGCUCUAUGAAUUUGAGAACGGAAUGCACACGAACGGACGCAACGUGAUAGAAAAGGGGCUUGAAAUAUACAAGAAUGAAAACUCGCACGUGGAGCGCGCACAGUUGCUCGUGUACCUGCUGCAAAUGGAAAAAAAGUUCGGAACCUCGAAGGACGUGGAAAAGGCGAAGAAGAGGCAGGCGAAAAAGGUGCUGAGGAAGAGGAAGUUGCAGGACCAGACCACAGUCGAGGACAUAGUGUACGUGUUCCCGGACGACGGAACGACGAACAAGAUACUGCAAAACGCACUGAAGUGGAAGCAGACACAAAUAAAAGCAAAUUGA